UAAACCCAACCACACUUCAGACAACCUCAGACAGCAACAGUUCAUCUCUGUCUCGCAUAAUAUUAUUUUGGCCUCUGAAAAUUAUUGCAUUCCCUUCAGGGGGUGGAUCUACUUCACAGCAAGUCCACUUCAAUCCCUUCAGAAACUGGUCGAAAAUCUGCAACCUUUUCAUCGCUCGGCGUGAGGAUCAGAUACAGGAAUUAUAACUUUGCUAAACUGCCCAGAAAAAAAAAUGCAGAGUAGGGGAUCGAGUACCCGGCUAUCGGGUAUGACUUAUCGGUCUCGAAUCCCGACUCUCUUGCUCUUCAUGUUUGCCACCUUCUCUACCAUCUAUGUCGCUGGCCGGCUAUGGGAGGAUGCGGAAAGCCGGGUAUAUUUGAUAAAAGAACUUGAUAAGAUAACUGGGCUGGGGCAAUCUGCUAUAUCAGUCGAUGAUACAUUGAAAAUUAUAGCCUGCAGGGAACAGCAUAAGAAGCUUUCAGCCCUUCAGAUGGAGUUGGCUGCAGCUAGACAGGAGGGUUUUAGUUCAAAGCUUUCAACAGAAAUUGAUGGGACUAAUUCUAAAAAAAGGCCUUUAGCAGUGGUAGGAAUACUCACAAGUUUUGGCCGUAAAGGCAAUAGAGAUGCUAUCCGCAAGGCAUGGAUGGGAACUGGUGCAGAGUUGAAGAGAAUGGAAAACGAGAAGGGCAUAGUUGUACGAUUUGUUGUUGGAAGAAGUGCAAAUCGUGGAGACAGUUUAGACAAGAGCAUUGACAGCGAAAAUAGACAGCAUAAUGACUUCAUUAUUCUUGAUAACCAUGUGGAGGCAGCUGAGGAGCUUCCGAAGAAGGCAAAGUUGUUCUUUUCUCAUGCUGCAGAUAAAUGGGAUGCCGAGUUUUAUGCUAAAGUCAAUGAUGAUGUUUAUGUGAAUAUUGAUGCCCUAGGUGCUGCACUUACCGCUCAUUUGGACAAGCCUCGUGUUUACAUUGGUUGCAUGAAAUCAGGCGAAGUUUUUUCUGAAGCAAGCCAUAGAUGGUAUGAACCAGACUGGUGGAAAUUUGGCGAUAAAAAAUCAUACUUUCGCCAUGCUUCAGGUGAGUUGUACGUCAUAUCACAGGCUUUGGCUAAAUUUAUAUCAAUAAACAGAUCUAUUCUUCGUACCUAUGCUCAUGAUGAUGUCAGUGUUGGCUCCUGGUUUCUUGGGCUCGAUGUCAAGCAUGUUAAUGAAGGAAAGUUUUGCUGCUCAUCUUGGUCAGCAGGACCUAUAUGUGCAGGUGUUUGAUUUAAUUCACUUGAAAGAUGGUUAAAUGAAAAUAUGACCAGACUCGGAUGGAUGAUUGUUUUGAAGGUGGUGUUAUGCAUCUCACAUAUAUAUGUAGUCUGCUAGAUGUGAGGCUUGGCAGACAAAGGAUUACUCUUUGAAGAGUUUGACAGAAAAGAAGCAUCUCUCUUUGAAAUUUUUUCUUGCUCACAAUUAAAUAUUAAAAAGUCUUGGCUAAAUCUGGAUACAGUCUACAGGUAGUAGGGUUGACUAGCACAGGUUACUGGAGACAGGCAGAACAAUACAAAAUUUUCUGUGACCUGAUACAUCAUUUUGUCUUCUAGUUUCCUUGUUAGUUAUUUUAGGUUAUUCUUUCGUUCAGGGGAAAAGAAAAAGGAAGGAGUGUUUGUUUUCCAUGUUGGAACUUAAAACAUCUAGUUUUCAUACAAAGCUGUUAACUGGAUUGUACAAUUCAAUCCAAUGAUAUCUGUUUCUUGUGCU